ACGUCAGAGAGCAAAGGUGUCGCGCUGUCUUGUCUCGUGUUUUCGACAAGAAAAAAAACAAUGACAGUCUAUUUCCUACUUAGCACAGUGCCACGAUGACCGAACGAUUAGUGUCCGAGAUACUGAAUAGGUUUUUAGGAACCUAUAUCGAGAAUUUAGACCCAUCGAAGCUCAGGAUCAGCAUAUGGGGUGGUGAUGCUGUGCUGACUGACCUGGUCUUGAAACAGACUGCGUUUGAUGACUUGGACCUGCCUGUAAGACCAGUGUUUGGCCAUGUCGGUUGUUUGAAGUUGAAAAUACCAUGGAAGAGCUGGUACAACUCCCAGUGGAUAGCGGUGGUGGAGAAGCUGGUGAUCGUGGUGGUGCCUAAUACCACAAUCACCUACAAUGAAGAGAAAGAGAAGCAGUUAAAGCAUGAGGUCAAGCUGGCCACCCUCCAGCGUCUGGAAGAGGCCAGACAGAAGCUGAGGGAGGAGGAGAAAGGUCCCCAGGCUGAGGGCUUUGUUGAGAAGCUGAUGGUGCAGGCCAUUCGUAACAUUCAGGUUACCAUCAAGGAUAUACACAUACGGUAUGAAGACUGUAUCACUAAACCAGGUUCACCCUUUGCGGCCGGACUAACUCUCCACGACCUCUCCAUGAAAAGUACUGAUGCCAAUUGGAAAGAAUGCAUCCACCAAGACAAACUCAUUUACAAGAUCAACAACUUAGACAGCCUAGGAAUUUACUGGAACCCAAAGGCAACGUUGUUUUCCCAGACGGACCUCUCCAAGGAAGAAAUCGUGAAGAGUCUCCAGAGUAUUAUAGCGUCGCGCGAUAAUCUGCCGGCAGAAAUGCAUUACGUGAUUGGGCCAAUUCGUUCAAUGGCAAAGCUACAGGUGAACCCCAAGCCAGAAACGGACGAGGUAAAGUUCAGCACUCCCAAGGUCCUUCUCAACUUUGUCAUGGACGAGCUUGCAAUAGGUCUUACCCGACACCAAUAUUCGGACCUCAUGGCUUUGCUGGAUUCUAUGGACAGGAUGAGGCUGUCGUCUAUGUACCGCAAAUACCGACCCAGUGUCAUGGGAAUUAAGAAUAAUGCCCGACAUUGGUGGCAUUAUGCUUAUAAUUGCAACUUGGAAAACAUUCAGCGCAUUCAUCGCAAUUGGUCAUGGAAGCGCAUCAGAGAACACAGAUCUCGGUGUCGUUCCUACAAAGCAGUCUAUAAGCUUAAGCUAGAAAGUAAGAAAUUAGCUCCAGAGCAAGUUAAAGAAAUUGAAGAUGGAGAAAAGGCCCUGGAUGUCUUCAACAUCACACUAAUGCGCCGGCAAGCUGAAAUGGAGGUUGAGCGAGAGGGAGCACUUCGUAAGCAGGAGCAGCAACAACAAAAAGGCUGGUUUGGAGGUUGGUUCUCUUGGGGCGGCCAGAAGCAGGAUGACAAGGAAGCUGCAGAGGGGAGCUUAGUCAAGAAGCUAGAGGAGGCCAUGGGUGACGAAGAGAAGAAGAACCUGUAUGAGGCUAUUGGCUACUCGGAAACCGGCAUCCCACUAGAGUACCCAGAGGAAUUUGAAGAUAUACAGCUGGAAUUCCUCUUGAAGCAGCUGGUCUUGAUUAUCAGGGAUGAUGAGAAUGAAGGUGCUGCAGUCACAAAGGCCAAGCUCAAUACAGUCACUUUGGAUUUGAAAAGGAGAUCAGCAGCUGAUUCUGUUCGGGUUAUCACUAGUGUACAGAGCUUUGUGGUGGAAGGCUUUUCCACCAGCGGUUCUCCUCCCGAACUGGUGACGUCAGAGGACACUUCGAAGGAGAAACCGCUCCUCCAGGUGCUGUUUGAGACCAACCCAAUGGACAAGUCGUGUGACCAGAGAGUUAAGUUGGAGGCUCAGCCCUUGCAGGUGGUGUAUGAUGCGGCUACAUUCAACCAGCUGCGGGAUGUCUUUGCACCUCCAAAGAAUAUUUCCUUGCAGCAACUACAAGCUGCAGCCCUAAACCAGUUUGAAGUGGUGAAGGAGAGAAGUGUCACUGGUCUUCAGGCUGCCAUUGAUAACCACAGUGUACUGGAUCUGAACAUUUCCAUCGCAGCUUCGCAUGUGAUUGUUCCUGAGAAAGGAGUGUACAGCAAAGAUUGUUCUGCUGUGGUCCUGACUCUGGGUAGCAUGACUAUGAAAACAGUACCUCGAAAUAGAGAUGCUCCAGCUCUCACUGACCUGGUGACCCGCGGCAUGUCGCAGGAGGAGGUCGUGGAAGUAGUCAGGUCCUCUUCGUAUGACCACUUCACUAUUGAGCUCGUAGAUACACAGGCUGUUGUAGCCCUGUCUGGAGAAGACUGGAGAACUACUCUGAGUUCAAAGGAGCCUACGCCUCUCCACCUCCUUCAGCCAACCACUCUACAUGUGGAUCUUCUUAAGUGCCUCCUUACAGAUGACCCUAACUUGGCCAAGGUUAAGGUCAAUGUGUCCCUACCCAAUGUGACCCUUUCUAUUGUAGAUGAGCGCCUUCUUCAGCUGGCCUACAUUGCACACAGCAUACCUCAGCCAGAACAGCCAGAACAAGAGGAGGAUGAAGAAGACCACUUUGACCAGGAUACUGAUCUGAACAUGAAUGUGAUCCUAGAGGAUGCAGCCAUUGCUCGCUUGGAGAAGGUGAAACUUAACCCAGAUGGGCAGCAGCAGGUCACUCCUCAGUUUACGCAACUAGAGCUCAGUUUUUCCCUGAAAGAGACAAGCCUUGAGUUAAAGAGAGCCACAGGGAAGACUUACCAACCACUGAUGAAGCUGUCAGCUUUGUCAACUAGUGUGGAAGUGGUCCAGCGCACGUUUGAUCUCACUGCCUCGGUGAUCCUUGGAGGGGUAUUGGUCCAGCAUCUGGAUGGCUGUGAUCGUUGGCUUCUAAGUACACCUCUGGCAGAGGGCAGCAGUGAAGAAGCACUCCUAACAAUCAAAUUCACUCAGGUAGACCCCAAGUGUCCAGACUUUGAGAGGAAGCACGCCUCUACCCUUCAGCUGCUCUGUGUGGAUGUUACCAAUCUGACUGCCCAGCUAGAACAAACGGCCAUCCUCAGUAUCAUAGCCUUUGCUGAGCAGCUUUCAAGUAAACUAGGGGAGGUUGCACCAACACAACCAGCGGAGGAGAAGACAGCAAUUGAACCAUUGCAGAAAGUAGAUGAAAUGUCAGACAAGAAAACCCAGAGUAAGCCUUUAGGCAAACUUAAAAGAAAAUCUUUAGUUAAAGGAAGGAAGAAAGAUGUAAAGGAGAUUACUACACUUCGUGUACUGGCAAGGCUAGGCCGUGUCAGUGUAGUCAUUGGUUUGGCUAAUCGUGAUGUAGCUCAAGUGGAAGUCGCAGGAUUGGUGGCUAACAUCAUGAUGCAAGGGAAGGACAUAACGAUAUCAUCACGACUGAAAGACUUUACAGUCAUUGACCCCGGCUCAGGGGCACUCCAUCCAAAGAUUGUAGAGGUCAUGGAUGCAGAAGCCUGGGACGCUAAUGUGAAGGUAUACGGAGAGGCUACAGAAGGCCACAAUUAUUUGGAUAUGAAUCGUGUUAAUACAAGCGUAGCUCUGACGUUUGGGUGUGCACGGAUUGUGUUCCUGAACAAGUUUAUCAAGGAUGUGUUGAGUUGGAUCAACACCUUCCAAUCAGCCAAGGAUGCUGUAGCCUCAGCAAGUGUGGCAGCAGCAGCGGCCGCCCAGGCCAGGAUGCAAGAGGCAUAUCAGGAGUGUUCACGUGUCAGUCUUGCUCUCACACUCAGGGCUCCACUGAUUCUCAUUCCCCAAGACUCACACAGCCUCUCAGGAUUGAUGGUGGACUUGGGUGAAAUAUCCAUACGUAACAAGUUUGUGUUGGGAGAGGACAGGAAUGAGCUUGGGUACCCAUCCAUUUUUGACGAGAUGACGCUGGAACUGUAUAAUGUCAAGGUGUCAAGGGUUGUACUAUCGGCAACAGGAGUUGCAGAGCAAGAACAUGGGCUGUUACAACCCAUCUCGUUAGACAUCUCAGUCAAACGGAAUCUCACCAUAUCUUGGUACAAGAAGAAGCCAGAACUUGAGAUCCAGGCUAUGCUCAAACCAAUCAAGAUGGUCUUAAGUGAGGAGGACCUUCGUGUGACACUCAAAGUGCUACAGGACAACCUAGGGGAGCAAGGCGAUGCAUCACUCUCAGAAGUCAAUGCUCCUCAAGUGGACAGGGCAGUGAAAAGGACCCGCAAGAAAGAGAUUACAGAGAAUGCUCAAGAUGUGGAGAUGUUUCUGGCUCAACAUGGGCACAGCUACACCAAGAUCAGCUUUACUUUUACCAUUGAAUCUGUGACCCUGUCGCUACUCACAAGUGCACAAGGAGCAAAGGAAUCGUUGCUCAUUGAGGAUGAAUCCAUGGAGAGCCUGACAUCAUCUUCGUUCAAGGAGCUGUCCCCCCAACCAGGGACGAGUGAUGCUUUUGCCCUGCCUCGUGUAAGUCUUGGGGAUGCAAGAGGCAGCAGGAGAUCACUGCCCCAUGUGACAGGCGAUGUAGCUAUGCAAGAAUCAGGAUCAGUGGCCCAUGGCAGAGAGCUGGCAGAGUUCAGCUUGAAGGUGGUAACGCUAAAGGGAGAUAUGUGCUCAGAUGGAUCGCUUUCAGCCAAUCUGGUGCUGUUUGACUGUAUUCUGCAAGAUACAAGACCAGGUCAGGAGGGCCACAUCACACGAAUGAUGAGAAGGAAGCCGCAGACGGGCAAGAAUGGCAUGAUAGACCUCACCUACCGCCAAGGGCAAUCUGGGGAUACCUUUAUUGACAUGAGGAUUUCCGGCUUUGUGUUGCUUCUGCAUCUUCCGUACCUGCUGAGAAUCCAGAGGUUUUUCACGGACAACCUGCCGCAGAAACCACAGGAGCCUUCACCUCCUCCUUUGGCAGCUCCCAAGGCCAAGGAUUUUAAGAGACAGAAGAGUGGCAUUAGCACCAUCGACAUGGAGAAACACUCUGCCAAUUUGAUGACCGUUCGCUUCAGGGUGGAGCAGCCAGACAUUGCGAUUGUGAAGGAUGUCACCACGGAAGAUACUCAUUGCAUCAUUAUGCAUGCGGAGGUAAAUGGAGAUUUAAAAACAACUGCAGCACAGCAAUCAGUAAAUGCCAGCAUCACAAAAAUACAAAUGUACACUUGCUGUUACAACCCAAGCCGGAGGAAAGAGACACUCUCUCAAAUUCUGAAUCCUUGUGAGAUUGGCUUUGUGAGCUCCUCCACGCCAAGCCAUGCACAGCACCUUGAUGUAACAAUCUCCCGCGUUGAUCUACGAGUGUCACCAAUCACCAUUGAACUGUUAAGCAGCCUCACAAUGGCACUAACAGCACUUGACGAGCCGGUGAAAGCAGAGGUUGAAGACAUCAAAGAGUGGGUCGAUUUGUGGGAUCCAAGACCACUAGACAUCUCUCAGUUUGACUUCCUUGCUGUAGAGGAAGCUUCUGAAGCCUUUGGGGAGGAGGCUAUGGAAGUCAUAUCAUCCGUGAAGCAAGGACCAGGGGGGGAGCUGGCAGUGGUGGCGAUGGAGUGCUUCCUUGUGACAAUCGAAACUGGCUCGGGGACGUCUCCUAUCCCUCUCAUCAAGUUCCAGUCCAGCGUCACUCUGACUGCAUCAGGGUUCUUUUCCAAAAAGCUGAGUGUGAAUGGAGACUUAAGUAUUGAAUUGGCAUACUUCAAUUCACGCUUGGCUGUGUGGGAGCCGCUCUUAGAACCUGUUGAGGUGGUGAAUAGAUCUGCCUUUCCUGAUCACGCACCAUGGAGUCUUCACUUCGAGAUGUCACAAGAAAUGGGAACUAAUGGGGCAAAGAGCCCAGGGAAGAGUGGCCCCACAUCUCCCAUUGCAUCACCAGAGAGUGAUGAGGUGGACUUUGAGGAACUGCAAGCACCACUUCCUGCCACCACUAUGUCUGUCACAGCAAAGGAUUCAUUACAUCUCACUGUCACUAAAACUUUCAUGGAGGUCUUGACCACCCUAUCCAAAGCCUUUGCUGAUGCAUAUAAAAGAAAUUUGACAGCAAGAGACACGCAUCUUGCCCCCUAUCGCAUCAUCAACCAGACUGGAAAGAAUGUCAGUGUUGCUGUGAGACAGUCUGGAUUUCAGGUGGCUGCAGAAGGAGGGGAGAAUGUGGAAGAAGUGAUGGUUGAGUCAGGUGCAGAGGUUGACCUGUUUGAAAUAGCACCGCAGACCCCCAAGCACAAGAGGGUAGCAUCCCUGGUGGCAGACUACCAAGCUGUCCAGGACCGCAGCAUUACAUUCAGAAUUGCUGACCUAGGAUGUCAGUGCACAAUUCCAGUUAGCCGUGCAGAUAAGCGGUACUUCCAAGUUGAACACACACGCGGUGGAGAUAAAUGGGGACUUGUUGCAGCCAUAUCUGUCGAAAGUGGCUGUAAGAUCAUCACUCUCAGCUCUUGUGUACAGAUAACAAACCACUUGGAUGUAACGGUGGAAGUUUACUAUAUGAAUGAACGAGGUAAUGAAGUCGUGCACGUAGUGUCCCUCAAACCAGGCGAAAUGGCGUCUUUACCUCUACAUGCAGUUUACACUUUAACUGCAGAACUUUUCUUCUCAGUGGAAGGGCACUCUGUGUGCAUCAUACCAUUCAUAUGGAGAGAUCUUCAGAAUUCUCCAGAUUUGGUACAAGAACUCCAGUGCGUACCAAGAGAUGUGGAUGAGUAUCAUUCUUCACCCUUCUUUAUUGCUGCAAUAGGAGAUGUUGAGCAGAUUUUGUGGCAGAACACUUCUCGGCGCACUAUGACAAGUGCGUUGUACAAGAUCCACCUGAAGCCAAAAGUGGUUCUCCACAACUUGCUUCCAGUGCCUGUCUCAGUAGAGCCACCUGGCACCAUGUGUACUAACGUUCUGAUGCCAGGUGCUUCUGUUCAGCUGACGAAAGCCCAGCUGGGAAUGUCAUAUCUCAACCUCCAGAUUCUAAACUAUCAAGGAUGUGAUUGGGCGUGCGGUAAACCCCUAGCAGAAAAGCCGCAGGAACUUAGUGUAUGGACCUUCGAAUCACGAGGGGACAUCAUGGGUGGGCCACUACAGCUUGACCUCGGCAUGAUGGCUUCCGCGCCUGGUUCUACCAUGACUCUCAAUCUCUACUGCCCAUUCUGGAUGGUCAACAAGACAGGACUUAUGCUGACCUAUAGGAAAUCUCGCAAAGUUGAGCGUGCAUCUCUGUCAUCCCCACCUGAAUCCCCGAGCAAUACCCUUCAGCGUUGGGCGUCAUCUGUGUCUCUCGUCUCGUUGUCCUCUAGAGUUGGUGGAGUGAGCGAUGCACCCAGCAACUACGUGGUCCACGAAGAAGGGAACGGAGAAGCUGUCAUGUUCUCUUUCAAGUCAAAAGCAUUCUUUGGCAAGAAGAAGGUGACCGUGAAGGUAGAAGACAGCGAGUUUUCAGAGAAGUUCUCCCUUGAUGUUGUGGGCAGCUCUGGUUCGGUCAGUUGCAAGUCUCCAAGCAGAACAUACCAAGUGGGAGUUGAUAUUCAGCUUGGGAAAUCUGGCCUGACAAAAAUUGUGGUCUUUACACCAUUUUACAAGAUCCUCAACAAGGCCCCAUUUGACUUAGAGGUUAUGGAGGCUGAGUUUCCCCAUGCUGAAUGGUUUACUGUGCUUUCUGGAGAGAGCAUUGGGUGGUGGCCAAUAGGAAAUGGAAGACGCAUUCAUGUGAGAAUAAGGGGAACCAGUGAAAUGACAGCGGCUUUGCGUUUUGACCAACCCCUCUCAACUCUUCUUUAUAUACCUAACAAGUACGGAGGCAUUUCUGCGGAAGUGAACCUGAUGGAUGGAGGAGCUAUGGUGCAGUUGGACCAAUUCUCAGAGGGCAUGACGCCCGUCCUGAUCAUAAAUCACCUCACCAACACAACUGUCUCUCUCUGGCAGCACAAUAAUGAUAACAAGAAAGUCCAUGUGAAACCCCAGUCCAUACAGCACUAUACAUGGAGUGAUCCUGGAGGUUCGCUUCAGUUGGUGUGGGCAUGCGGGGCUGGGAAGACCACGCAGCACUCACUAGACAAGGAUGAGCGUGGUCAGAUGAAUGAUGAUACAGUCCACUGGGUAGUGUUCCUCUUUGGAAACCAACGAUGUUUGCUCUUCACGGAUGAAAUUGAGAUUGCCACGGCUGCCUUAAAUGCUGUCGAGUCAGAACGCAUUAACCAGGAACUGAAGUUCUCACUAAGCAGCAUAGACCUUUCAUUAGUUGAUGAUGUUAAGAAGAAGGAGGUUGCAUACAUGAGCUUGGCUAGCUCUGGUGUUGUGUGGGAAUACCGUAAAAUCAAGGGCCGAAAAUACCGUCCUUUCACACAAAACCAGACGACUGAACUGGAAGUCUGCCACAACUUGUAUCAGGCUCAGCUAAAAACAUUCUCAGGAGGUGCUCCUAUUCAGUCAUACUAUGUGAUAAGAGAUAAUUUUGAGGUGGAUUUUGAAAGCAUGAGAAUUCUCAAGCCUUUCCACAAAAACAUUCGAAGGACAUUCCAGCCUGGGAUCUGGUUUGAGCUGCGAACGUCACCCCACCAACGACAGAUCCAUCUGAAAAUUAACAGCCUUCAGAUUGACAACCAGAUGACAGAUGUGAUGUUCCCAGUUGUAUUAGCAAGAGUUCCUCCCCCUAGAAGUGUCAUGGCUGAGACAGUUGCCAAGCCAUUCUGUGAAGUUAGCAUCGUGCAGAGACUCACCUCACCAAGCUUCACUCAGUACAAGUAUCUGGCAAUGCUCAUACAAGAAUUUCACAUUAAAGUUGAACUGCCUUUUGUAUAUGCCGUCCUAGAGGUGCUAUACCCAUCGAAUGACGUCUCAGACAAUCUUUAUUCGAUGGAAGAGUUUGAUGAGGAUAACAAACUUGUUCGUGAAACCUUGACUACGAGGGCCCAUAGCCAAGCUAUCAGUGGUCAGAAGGACUACUAUGACCUUUUGCAUCUUUCUCCUAUUAAAAUGCACCUGAGCUUCUCCUUGAGUGGGUCAGAGUCAGGAGCCAGUCUGCCUGUGGGAGGUCAGGUCAUUCACCUCUUCCUGGAGAGUGUGGGAGUGACCCUGACUGAGGUCCAGGAUGUUGUUUUUAGAUUAUCUUACAUGGAGCGCCAAAAUAAGUGGAUGACGUGGGGCCAGCUCACACAAGAGAUGAUUAGCCAUUACAGAGGACAGUUCCUAAUGCAGCUCUUCAAAGUUGUGCUUGGGCUGGAUGUCAUUGGCAACCCAUAUGGACUUGUCAUAGGCUUGACGCAUGGGGUGGAGUCCCUGUUUUAUGAGCCUAUUCAGGGUGCAAUUGAAGGUCCAGGAGAGUUUGCAGAGGGAAUGCUGUAUGGACUAACCAACUUCAUGGGAGCAACGGUUGGUGGUGCGGCUGGGGCUGUGUCUCGCAUCACAGGAACUAUUGGCAAGGGAGUUGCUGCCCUGACUCUUGAUGAUGACUACCAGAGGAGGAGAAGGGAAGCAAUGCACCGCAAACCUGCUGAUGGUAUUGAAAGUCUUGCCAGAGGAGGCAAGGGAAUGGUUACAGGUGUGUUUGAUGGUGUGACCGGAGUGUUCCUAAAACCCAUUGAAGGGGCCAAAAAGGAAGGUGUGGAAGGGUUCUUCAAGGGAAUGGGCAAGGGCAUGGUUGGCCUUGUUACUCGACCAGCCUCAGGCGUCAUCGACUUUGCCAGCGGGUCGUUUGAUGCUGUUAUGAGGGCGACGGAAGCAGGUGAAGAGACAGUUAGCCGUAGACGGCCUUCGAGGUUCAUAGGCCCAGAUAAUGUUGUGCGACCAUAUGUGCAACAUUUUGCCGAGGGAGCCAGGCUACUACGUGAAUUGGAGAAAGGUCGUUACGCUGAAACAGAUGUGUAUGUUGGCCAUGCCAUCAUCGCAGAGAAUCGUUCUAUGCUCAUCGCCACAGACAAGAGGAUAAUGUGUAUAACACGAAAUGACAUCUUGGGCCACUGGAAGGUUGACUGGCUUCAUGUGUAUGAGGACCUGUCAGAACCACCAUUCAUUACUCCCAAGGGAUUGCGUUUAUCUGUCAGACAAGAGAAGAAACGUGUAUUAGGUGUGUUUGGUGGUGGAGACAACUCAAAGCUAGUCCCACUUAAAGAUCCUGAGGAGGGCAAAGCAUUCCUAACUGCAGUAAUUGAAGCUUACCAGAAGACAAAGAGCUCCAAAUAGGGACAUCACAUCUUGCAUGGCAUUGCAGAUGCAUCCAACGACCUGGCAGGAGGAAUGGACCAUCAUAAUCCCAAUUUGUCUCUUGGGUCUUGAACAGAUCCUUCGCCUUAUGCAGUUAUGAUUUCAGUGAACGAAAAAAAAAAAAAUAAACCUGGUGUAAGGAUACGAUAUUAAUUGCCUUGAAGUAUCAGAGAAUGCCCAUGAUGGAACUUCAGAACUAUUUGCAUGCUGUAUGGUGAGUGGACAGGGAAUUCCAAUACCAUAGGUAACGGUGUGCUUGUAAAAAUUCACAAAACUUUAGGGACCUUCAUAUGAAAGCUGUCAAGUUUUUAUCAAAGCUUUGCAGUGGGUUAUCAUCAGGGAUGUUUAGCAAAAAGCUUAAAUUACAGCCUUAGAUUACCUUUUUUUACAUGAAUUCACAUAUUUGCAUUAACAAUGCAUUAGAUCAGUGCUUUUCCAAUUUUAUAUUGAACCAAGUGCUGUAGUAUAUCAAAGAUUUUUGCAUUGGUUAGUGGUCUGUGCAAACUAUCUGCUAUGCAUAAUACCAUGAUUACAUACCUUUACCAGUUGCUUUUUUGUGAAAUUAUUGUUUUGUGGUUAAUACAUGUGCAUCUCUUAUAUCCCUGGAAGAAUAUUUUAUAUUAUUUUUAGAUAUACAGAAGAAAACAUGAAAUUUGCAAAUACAUGAUAAAUAGCAUGAAUUUAUGUAAAUAUUUACCACUAUUGCUGUUACAGGUAAAUGCUUUGUCUCUUGCUACUAUAAC